AUGUUAGCGCAAGACAAUUUGUCCAAAGAAGCUACUCUAACGCAGUUAUUUAACAAUUCAGAACGAACAAUAAAUCAAGGCGAAUAUGCUAAAGCUCUUAAGUCUAUCGAUAAAAUCCUAAAUUUGAGUCCAAACGACAUUGAUGUUGAGCGAGCUUACUGUCUUUAUAGGUUGAACAAAUUUUCUGAAGGUACAGAACUUCUUCAUAAAUACCGAACUGCUAAAAAUAAUGAUAACGGAUUGAGACAUUUGGAAGCACAAGUG